AGAGCCGCCGCCGCCCCGCUGAGCCCCUUCCUUCACAACCAUCUCCCUGACAGCAGCCCCUCCAGACAUGGCCUCAAAGAGAGCAUUGGUGAUUCUGGCUAAAGGGGCAGAGGAGAUGGAAACUGUGAUCCCCACUGAUGUUAUGAGACGAGCUGGGAUCAAGGUGACUGUUGCAGGCCUAACAGGAAAAGAACCAGUGCAGUGCAGUCGAGAUGUCUUCAUUUGUCCUGAUGCCAGUCUUGAAGAUGCCAGAAAAGAGGGGCCUUACGAUGUUGUGGUCCUGCCUGGAGGGAACCUUGGUGCUCAAAACUUGUCUGAGUCUGCUGCUGUGAAAGACAUUUUGAAGGACCAGGAAAGCAGAAAAGGCCUGAUUGCUGCAAUAUGUGCAGGUCCUACUGCCCUUCUGGCACAUGGCAUAGGGUAUGGAAGCAAAGUCACAACACACCCUUUGGCCAAAGACAAAAUGAUGAAUGGAGCACACUACUCCUACUCGGAGAGCCGCGUGGAGAAGGACGGGAACAUCCUCACCAGCCGCGGGCCUGGCACCAGCUUCGAGUUUGGCUUGGCCAUUGUGGAAACGCUGCUGGGGAAGGAAGUGGCUGAACAGGUGAAGGCACCUCUAAUACUGAAAGAGUGAAACCUGGUAUGGAAUAGGGACUAGGACAAAUUUAGAUAGAGUCUUAUCCUUUGUAGAAUAACUGUAAUGUGCACUGUUGUAAAUACACUUUAAUUUGUGGGUGAAGUUAGUAACUUACCUGAACUGGGAUACCAUAACAUUUCAUUUCUGGAAAAAGAUCCUGUUAGUAAAAAGCUUCAUCACAAAAAAGCAGCCAGCAUCUGCUAGUUAGUUCUUGGAUGGCAUUUAAAAAUCACAUAGAAAAAUGUUUGCUGAAUAAAUAAAAAUGGAGCAUCCCUA